AUGGCGAAGUUGAAAGUAAAAAAGAAGAAAGAAGAAGUUCAAAAGGCGAAGGACAUAUCCACGGUAGAUAAAAAUAUGCUAGUACUUCCUCCAGUUCGUAUGUCGGAUGACCCAACGCCUAAACAGGUAAAAUGGAUAAAUAGGCAGCGAGUCCUGGUGUUUGCUGCUCGUGGAAUAAACCAUCGCCACCGGCAUCUUAUGGAAGAUAUUAAAAGAUUAAUGCCACACCAUAAAACUGAAUCCAAAAUGGAGAGGAGUAAAAAUUUAUAUGUUGUAAAUGAAAUAAGUGAAAUGAAAAACUGUAACAAGUGUCUCCUGUUCGAAGGGCGCAAAAUGAGAGAUUUAUAUCUUUGGAUGGCUAAUGUACCAAAUGGACCAAGUGCAAAAUUUUUAGUAGAAAACAUUUACACCAUGGGGGAACUUAAGAUGACAGGAAAUUGUUUAAGGGGUUCCAGACCUCUUUUAUCUUUCGAUCCACAGUUUACAAAGGACCCGCAUUACAAUUUAUUAAAAGAAUUACUAAUUCAAAUAUUUGGUGUUCCAAAACAUCACCCAAAAAGCCAACCUUUUUUUGAUCAUGUAUAUACAUUUAUGAUUCUUGAUAACAGAAUUUGGUUUAGAAAUUACCAAAUACUUUCUGAAGAUGGUGCUUUGGCUGAAAUAGGACCAAGAUUUGUAUUAAAUCCUGUAAAAAUAUUUUCUGGAUCUUUUGGUGGAGCAACAUUAUGGGAAAAUCCAAAAUAUGUUAGUCCAGCAAAACUCAGACAGGCAUUCUCAAAAAAAGCUGGUAAUAAAUAUGAGAGGAGAAUAGAAAAGAAGGUAAUGAAUGAAGCCACAAAACCAGAAACUGGCUACCCAGAUAUUGAAGGAGCAGAGUUCUUUAAAGGAGAUCCAAUGGAGAAAGCCCAAGACAUUGUUGUGAAAAAGGAAAAUAAUGAAGAUGAACAAAUUGCUGAUGAAAGUGAUACUGAAAUUCCAAAAGAAAUGAGUAAACCACAUUUUACUAUGAAAUUAACUAAAAACAAACCUGAUAAGGCGAUAAGGCGUAAACAAUUAAAAGCAAAAAGUAAAGCUAUAUCUGAUCAAAUUAAAAAAAGAAAACAAUUUAAGAAAAAAUCUGUGAAAUCUUAG